AUGAGCACGCUGUUUUUGUUCCGCCGAGUCCUUAGCUUACUGGUAGCCGCGGUGAUGUUAACAGUGACCACCACAGGACCAGCCAGCAGCAACAGCAAUGGCACGGAUACUUAUCAGCACCUUCAUCCGUAUCAGCAUUUGCCAUUAACGGACAGUGAGGCUGCCUUUCUUGCACUCAGUGAGGACCCUCGUAGCAGUACGCAGCGCAGGAGAGGUCUUGUCAGGAGUGCUAGGAAUCAGCGCGAACCCCGGUUCAUAAGCUUUCACACCAAGGACAAUAACAUCCAGGUUGAGAUUCAGUUUGCUAUACCGUUUAUUACGAUUCCGGUGAAAAAAUCAAUAGACGGAAUGGUAAGUUCAUUCCAACAGGGCUCUGCUUUGUUGAAUAUCAAUCUAGGUGCAAUCGCCCUGGCGGGUGUUCUAACUAUUGGUGGAGCCUUCAUCGGAGGACUAGCUCGAGUACUGACGGGCAACAGUUUCGAAAACGCUUGGAAACCAUCGGGAUUGGGGCGUUCCGAUAGCAAAGAUCCGCCCAAAACGGAAAGAGCUGAAGGAGAGAGCACCUUGCGUACGAUACUGGAAACUGUAGAUAAAAGCUUACAGAAAUACGAUAUUGAUUCGACGGCUUGCACUCAGCGGGUGAUUUGCUGGUAUGUGAAGGAAUCGAUGAACAACGUGCAAGAACAGCGGGCCAGCCACUUAGAUACUCUGGUCAACGGACUAAGCAGUGCGGAUUGGGCAAUGAAAUUUACCGCUGGAACGGCAAUCGACGACGCGAUACGGGCCGGACGUCGUAACGUUAACUGCGAGCAAGCUUUUCCGAUCUGUCGAAUCGGACCGGAAUUGGUGCAGCGGUUUAUCAGCAAGGCCGGUAGAAGCAGUAGAACUAACCUGUAG